CAGCUCAAGCCAACAUCGAAUGCUAUGGCCCUCUCCAUGGGUGAGAUGUUGGAGCGAUCUCGCUGCGUCAGCACCAGCCUUUCCCUUUGCCACCAUUAGAUUCAUCCUUCGAUGCCUCGCGCAGCCAGACCCCGGUCGAGGACGAAGAAGCGCCCAUCCGUGUAUAACAGUCAGCGCCAUGGCAGGCGACCUGGCCCAAUCGAGUCCUUCUAAGGUGGAAAAGAGCCAUUGCUGCCAACACAUGUCCACUCGAAAAGCAUGACAACUACGGCAUGGUUUGAGACGCCCACUGUUCUGCCUUGCUGGCAGGCCAGCACUUUCAUCAGCCAUCUUUCUGUUGCGCAGCUGGCUUCGCUUCCCGCGACUAGAAGUAGAGCGGUGUGAUCCACG